CAUAGCAGCACAUGAUGAGCCAAGAAGGUGGCUUUUUUUAGCGGACAUGAACUGAAGCUUGGCAGCUGUGUGUCUCUCAACCCUACUCUUCCUCUAUGUGAGAGAGAGAAAGAGGUACCCAUCAUUGUCAUUUGUCACCCACUUUCUCUCUCUAAGUAAGGCAUGCUUUCUCUCUCUAAAACUCUCUUUUUGGGUCUAUUAUGCUUUACUGCUGCUGGUCUUCUUGUUCUUAUCAUGUUCUCUUUUUACCCCAUCUGCUUUUUUUGAUUCUUUGAGAAUUCUAAGUAGUCUUUUGGUCACAACUGACUGUUUUUUAAGAAGGGUAUUUGCUCUGUCUCACAUAGAACAUGUGUAUGUGUGUGUGAAAAUGGGCAUUUUCAGCAGGGUCUUGAGCUGCAGAGAUUGGAAGAUACGAUUACUUCAACUUAAAGUUUGUUGGGUUUUUCUUUGAAUUUACUUCUCUCUGAGGUCUGGUGGGGUAUGCCCAUUUUCACAAGCAUUUAUGCUUAUUUGACUUGGAAUGCAAGUGUAUAUAAAGAUGUUUUUAAUCAUUUAAUUUCUUUAUUUACUGUUCUCAACUUCCAAAAAAAAAAAAAAAAAUUUCUUUAUUGUUCUCUCUAACCCUUUUUUUGGUACCGGAUCACUUAUUGCUAUUAGGGUUUCAGGGAUCAAAAUAGGCAUUUUUUUAAGGUUCAGCUCAACCCUUGGAAUUAUUAGUAGGGUCCAUGCAUUUGCCAUUCUCAAUAUAUAAUAAGAUCUUUGAGUUGUUGCCUUGAGUGUAGAAGAUUGAAGAUUUUUGGCUUGAAGUUUAUUAGUUUGAUUGAAGCCGCUUUAUUUGCGAAUUCGAGACAAUGGAUUGCAGAUCUAUUAAUGGGAAUAGACAUGGAGUUGGAAUUCGACAAAUACUGCAAAGUGGGUGGGAGCCCAAAAACAGUUCUUCCGUUUCCUCGGCAAUUUUCAAAAGUUGAAAGGAGAAGCACAAAAUCCACAUGUAGAAAGGAUCUAUUGAACCUAAAGGAGGACUUCAAAGAGAUUAAUUUUCGUCGCUACCGCAGUUCAUCAUGUAAAACCAUUCCAUUUAGAACUUCUCAGCUGGAAGGAAAUGAAGUGCUAAAGCGGGGUUCCGUAUAUCAGAGCUCAAAAGAAGUGAGGAAGAUGAACAAGAUUGCAGCUGUGGAAGGAAGGAGAAAAAUUGAGUUCUCCCGGAGCAACGCCACCGGUUCCUCAUUUGGUCUUCUUGACUCAUUGUGUAGUUCAGACGAGGAUAGCUUGCUUGUGGAACAGAAGCGAUCUUCUGCAAUGUCGCUGAACUCAGACUUGAAUACAGCAUCCGCCAGCAGGUCUGAUGUAGAACAACGCUUUCAGGACCUUUUAGAUCUCUCUUUGCAUCAUGGUAGAGAUAGUGUCGUCUCAUCAGAUGGCUUGUUUGAGAUCUCUCUGAAUUUGAAGAACAGAGGAAAUCACUCUGCUGAAAAUGUAGAGAGACACACAAUUGAGAAUCCCAAGUUCAGAUGUGAUCCAGUUGUUGGUCCUCUAAAUGAUGGUAAUGUUCUUCGGGAGAGAGAAAAUGCUACUUUUCGGAAAUCACUAUCUGCUAAACUGGCACUGCCUCAUUCCCCUUCUCCAUCAGAAAGUGAUUGCUCUAAAGCAAGCAGCCCAAAGGUUCGGUUCAGCCCUAUCAGAAAGAUGUUUGAUCCAUUCACAAAACCCAAGUCUCAACGAAGUCCUUUGGGUUCUGCAAUUGAACAUGGCGAGCUUGCAGCAGCCGGGCUGGCAAGCGUCAGGAGGAACAAGACAUUUCGGAAAUCUUUGUUGCAUGAUUUCUCAAAUGUGUCUCAAAGUCCCGAAGUUGGUUCUCAGGUUCUGAAGAAGGAUCCCAAUAAUUUAGUUGUGCCAUGUUCACCAGCUCACCUGCAUGGCCAACUCAAGUUGGAAAAGAAGCACGGGGUGCCAUUUAUCGAGUUCUCCUUGAAGUUCCCUGAAGAUGUUUUUGUGGCCAAGACAUGGAAAGCAGACAAUGGUUUAAAUUGGGUAUAUACCUUCCACUCUCUUCGUCACAGAAGGAAGAGUAAUGCGAGUGGGUGGGGAUUGAAAGAUAUCAACAAAGAAUCCUCUAUAGUGGGACAGAUGCAGGUAUCCUGUUAUUUAUGUACAGAGCUAAAAAAUGCUGGAGCUUUUGACAGCUCCAUGGUGACAGAGUUUGUGUUAUAUGAUAUUGCACAUGCAAGAAAAAGUAUGGCUGCUCAAGAAAACCUUAGCUGUUCCCCUGAUGUUGCUAAACCUCCGAAGUGUUCAAAUGAAAGGUCAAUUGGGGGAACAUGUGAGUUGGAUGAAGCAUCUGAUCAAUCAAAGCUUAAAUUUCGAUCAAAAGAUGCUCCUGUCAUUGACCAUUUUGAUUCAAAUGCUCAUCCUUGGUUGCCUGCAGAUUUGCAUCCAAACCUUGAAAUUGCAGCCAUCGUUACACAAGUCCCACUUGAGAAGAGAGAAAGCCUGAAAUACAUGAGAGGGGGUGCAAAGAGUGUUCGACCACGUUCAAACUCACUUGACCUCUCUGUGGUUGAGCAGAGAAAAAAAGGCAACCCUGAUUGCUUAAGUCUCACAAAUGUGAAUGUGGUGAUCCCUUCUGGAAGCCAUAGUUUGCCGAGUACUGAAAGUCGUGGCCCUUCACCAUUACUAGAUCGAUGGAGAUUGGGCGGAGGUUGUGACUGUGGUGGCUGGGACAUGGCAUGCCCCCUUACUGUUUUUGGCAAUUCCACUAUUCCGAGUACUGACGAUCAUCCACUCACAGAAACUCACAGGCCUUUGGAACUUUUUGUUCAGGGACCAAAAGACAAAACUCCAGCAUUGAACAUAAGAGUUAUUGAAGAGGGAUUGUACUCAGUUGACUUCCAUGCACAGUUAUCCACAUUACAAGCAUUCUCUAUUUGUGUUGCCAUCUUGCAUAGUACGGAAGCCUCCAUUGCUGUUGGUCAGGAGAGAGACGAAGAACUGUUGCAAUGCAAUUCUCUGGGACUGUUUAUCGGAAAGGAAGUGAAAUAUCUAAUUGAAACAGUCAGAGAGGAGGAAAAGAGGAAAGCCAAUCCAAAGACGCAAGAAAUUAAACCAUCUUUUGUACUCAAUCCACCCUUUUCUCCAAUUGCUAGAGUAUAGACUUCAUGACUUCGCUUGGUAAGGCAGAGAUGAGUUCUCAGAGAACCCCAGUUCGGGUGUAUAGAGAAAGGUUGUUAGUUCCUGACAUCUGUAUUGCUACAGAUGUGGGGUAAACCAAAACGUUUCGAACAUUUUGUGGAUAGAGAUAGACCCAAGUCUCCAGCUUGCUUGGCGAAGCUGAAACGGCUUUCCAAUGAAUUCCAGAUUCAGAUUACAGAGGCUACCGGUUCUGACUCUUUGCGUGGAAGAUUACUACAGUGGAGGUGCCAAAAUCCUUUUGUAGAACUAUUCAAUUCGUUCUUACUUCUUCUAGUUACAUAGUCAAAUUUGAACAAAACACAAUACUGUCCAUAUUAUCAGUCGAUGGUGAAAAAGGAGUAACCAUUCAAUUGUGUAGAUUAUUUAAAAUUAAUGAUGGGUAAGGUGUUAUGGGGAAGUAGAUACUAGAAAUGCUUUCAGAAAGCUUCCAUUUUCAAUAUUGCUGAUGCCAAGCAGAUUGCAUCUCUGUUUUUGGCAGUUUCUGUAUCUAGAAUAAAUAGAAAAUGACAUGCAUGCUCUUACCUUUUUCUUAUAUGAAA